AUGGCGCCUGGACUCGGCCUCGCACAUACCGACCCCACAAGCUACCACGAGAGCAAGAAGAAGUCGUUGCAUCAAAAUGGUGAUGAUGCCUCCGCCACACAGCGAAAAUCGACCAAAGUCCCUGCUGUCCCGGUCUUGCAAAACGAUUGCGAGGUAGAGGAUGUUGUGAAGGCAUUAAAGAUUGCAGGAGGUUGUAUCAUUAAAAACGCCGUUGCUCAUGAACAUCUCGAUCAAAUUGAAACCGAUCUCCGCCCCUACCUCAACGCCGACAUUCCCUGGGAAGGCGACUUCUUCCCCCCUCAAACCCGACGCUGCUACAACCUGAUCCCCUCCUCCCUCACCUGCGCCACGCGCAUCAUCAUGCACCCCCUCUACCAACGCGUGUGCUCGGCAUUCCUCCGCACCACCAAUUGGUUUUGGAGCGGCCAUAAAAAAACCUACGCAACCUCUUUGCCGCAAAUUAUGAAUACUGUGUGUUUUUCAAUUGGACCGGGAGCGACAGCGCAGCCGUUGCAUCGGGAUGAUUGGUGUUAUCAUGUUGUGGCGAGGAAAGUUGAGGUGUACCCCGAGGAUUUGCAGAGGGAUGUGGGAGUGGGGUUUUUUGUGGCGGGGAAGAAGGCGACGAGGGAGAAUGGGUGUACGAGGUUUAUUCCGGGGAGUCAUUUGUGGGAGCAUGAGAGGCAGCCGGAGGAUGAGUUGUGUGCUUUUGCGGAGUUGGAGAAGGGUGACGGCUUCAUCAUGCUCGCAUCCUGCUACCACGGAGGCGGAGCCAACACCACCACGGACGAAGAACGUCUCUUAUAUUCGUGCUUCAUGACUCGCGGCUGGCUGCGACAAGAAGAAAAUCACUAUCUCAACAUGGGCCUCGACAAGGUCAAAACGCUUCCUCGAGAGAUUCAAGAUAUUUGCGGAUAUGCUCUCAGUGAGCCCUUUUUGGGUUGGGUCAAUUCGACGACUCCGAGGGUAGUUUUGGAUCCUAGUAUUCAGGGAAGUAAGGAUAUGGUAUCUGAUGCACCUGCAUAA